AAUGCCGCUAUUGAUUUCACCUCUUAAUCUUUUUCUUCUCUAUAUACACACCCAAAACGUAACAACGCAUAAUUCACUACUUUAAAAUAAGAAAACACACACACACACACACAAACACACAAUAAUGUCGGGAGUUACCAGAAACAACGAAGAAGAUAAGAAACCUGUUCAAGGCGCUUUUAUCAAUCUCAAAGUUCAAGGACAGUACAAAAAUGAAGUGUUCUUUAGGAUCAAGCGAAGCACUAAGCUUAAGAAGCUGAUGAAUGCGUACUGUGAAAAUCAAUCAGUUGUGCUUAACACCUUUGCUUUCCUGUAUGAUGGCCGGCUUAUUGGAGCAGAGCAGACGCCCGAUGAGUUGGAGAUGGAAGAUGGGGAUGAAAUCGAUGCUAUGUUGCACCAACUAGGAGCUGGUGCUGGUUUCUUCUGGAUUUAAACAUAUAAAUGGGACGUUAGUGCCGGUGGAAUCUAUUAAGCUAUUACAUGUUUCGCAUGAAUUUAACCCGACCUGUACCUAAAUAUUGAAUAUCCCCUCGAACUCCAGAAAUUGUGGUGUUGUAUUAAUGGGAUCUUCUUGC